CAAUCUACAUCGUCCAAUGAUAUGGAGUCUUUACUGUUCCCUUUUAUUUCUCGUAUACCCCACAGCCACAGGAGAUGGCAUAAAUCACUUGGAAAAAAUUCUAAACGACACAACGAAUUUUUUCGAAAAACUGAAAGUCCAAUUCGGUUCGUCUCCCGCAAAUAACGAAACAUUUGAGUCAAUUAAUAAUCGUGUUGAUGAAUUUAUCGAUCAUGUGAGCAGAGACAAAAAGCAGAGGAGCAGAAGACAGUUAUUCCAGGAGAAUAAUUACGAAACAGAAACAUCGAUAUUACAUGGGUUCCAGGCAAUUCCCGGGUACACAAUUCCAAACGCCACAGACAUCUCCUUCUUCAUGCAAAGCAGUAACUCCCAGUUGCACUGGGUAAUCGGGAUCCUGGAUCCGAAUGGAAUUUCGCUACUUCGAUUCGAUGAGGCCAAGAGGUUCACUCCAGUCUACUUCUUCCCCCUGGAAAACGGAGAGCAGAUUCUGGCAGACAGCAGAGGCACCUCCACCCUCUUAAUAAUCCGUCAAUGCAACGGAAUAAUAAAGGUACUGCGCUCGUUCCUGACGGCAAAUGGUCAGAUGACGAUGAUCUUGGUGCAGACAUUGCCAACGACCGGAGCAACUCACGCAGGGACAUGGAGGGGUUUGAAUCGGUUGUACCUGGGGGUGUCAUUUCCCGAGCAGUUGAGAAUCUACGUCUGGCAGGGUGAGAACUUCGACCAGAUCGAGCCCCUGGACAUCGGUGCCGAGAGAAUAAUUCCCCUGCAGACGGGUGGUACGAUGGUGCUGGCAGCCACCGGUAUCACCACGAGGAUCAUCUCCUUUCAACUGAAAAGCGAUAAGUUCAUCGUUACGCAGGAGUUACCGAGCUCCGAAGAUGCUGCAAGCUUUCAGCGAGAGAAUAGCCUCUUCGUGGAGAACUUCCUGGUUCUCACAGGGAUCAACUCCACGAUAAUCUACAGGGAACGAAAACACAGAUACAUUCCUUACCAGAGGCUGGAGGGCGCACACCAGGUGCAGGCACUCUCCAGCGAUCGAAAGGUUCUUCUUUUUCUUAUCCAGAGACUCGGUGGAAUGAGGGUCUUCCAGUAUGAUGGCUGGAGAUACUCAGACCUGCAGAUCUACAUGCCAAAAGUCACUCAGCUGUACCCCACGUUCCUCCCGGAUGGUAGCUUUGUCCUGGCAAUGAAGAGCAGUGACCACAAUCAGUGGACCUUCCAGAGAAUGAUCUGGAGAAAAAAGAAAACGUGGGAUUCACUCAAGGAAGACAUCCUGAAGUGGUGCACGGAUUCCCUGCAAGCAGCAGAAAUUUCUAAAGUGGAGAUUCCAACCCUGAAGCAUCCUCUGGUAUUCCAAAAUGUACGAAUUAAAAAUCUGACUACUCAGAGUGUCAAUGGCCGAGGCUCACAGGAAUUUUCUGACAUCACGAGAAUUUACAAAAGAGUUAUCUCUCGUCUUGAAGACGUAAACAAACAUCUGGAGACAGCUGUCUCAUUGGACAAGCCAGUCUUCACGAGUCUCUCAGCUGAGAGUAUCAGGGUGAUGUCGAAAGUCAUCACGAUGAAUAUGAACCUCUCAAUGCCCGAGGAGUUCAUCAGCAAGCUUCGAACACCUGGUGAUCCAAACAAAAACAUGAUAUUCGAGAACGUGAGGACGACGUCGAUAGAUAAUUUCAAGUGUCCCAUUCCCGCAAUCAGGUACGAAGAGAUCAGUGUCACUGGUUUGGUGAAUGGAAUAUCCUUCCAGUCCUUCGUGGAUGACGCGUUGAAGACGAAUGAGGAGAAUCAGACGAUAAAAGGGCGCUUCAGUUUCGAUACUUUGAUCGCUGACGACGCAGAUCUCGAUAUUGAUGUAGCAUGGAAAACCACGAGGCAGGAGCUGAGAUUUAUGAGCAUAACGGCCGAGGAUUUGCACACGGCCUCGGGUUAUCUUCUCCCCCUGGAUGGAGAUCCUGUGACGAUGACUGGAGAUCUGACGGUGUCUAGAGUGAAGAUGGGAGGACUCGUUGAUGUUCGAGGGCCCAUUCAAGGAGUCAGUGGCGAUCGAAUGCGCCCCAUGACAGACAUCUCCGCGCCAAUGGUGCUAGAGGGUCACUACCACCUCGCCGACGUAAAAAUUGAUGAUCUCCUGGAGGCUGAGGACUUGUCUGGGCCCAACGGAGAGUCCUACAGGGAAAUCCGGCGAAGCGCUUUGCCCCUGAGAUCCAAAUCCAUUCCCAUCCACAUGAAAUUCCUGAGUAAAAACGUCGAGUGGAACAAUGUCACCCUCAUCGAGCCCCUGGGCAAGUGGAUCACCACCAGAAGCCCUGGAGUUAACGUCACCGGAAUGAAAACAGUCUCCAAUCUGACGGUAUCACAAUCUGUGUACGAGGGACUUCCACUUCCAGUCAUAUCCACGACGGUCUGCGCUCUAGGAGUUUUCACCCCUGACAUCUACACCACGAACAUCACCCUCAAGAGCUUGCGUGCAGAUUUACUGAAAGCUGUGGAAAUAUUCGGCGCUUUGGAGCUGGAGGAUGCACUCGCGGACGCAGCGAGGAGUUGGGAGGAGGUGCCCUGGGAGUUGAAGAACAUCACAGGCGAAGCGAGGGUUGUGAAUUCAUCGAUAUCCCAGGUUGCGGAUGUCGAUCUUCGGGGGCUUCACGAAUCCCUGGGGAAGUGGUCAAGCCCGGGUGUUCUCAAGGGUCCGAUUCAUGUGAAAACUCUAAGGGUGAAGAAUGUAAUGGCUCGAAAGGGAUUCAAUAUUUCAUUACCGAAGAUCGUUAGCCAGCUGGAGGCAUUGGGUAACGUCAAUGUCAAGUGGGUCAAUGGGAUUGAUAUCCUAGAAUUCAUUGAUAAUGCUGUGGAGCUCGAUGACAUGAUAUCCCUGACGAACAUCACUUUCCUGGGGGGGCUGUCCGUCGAGAGCAUCACCACCACGACCUCGAGUAUUCCAUUGUUGUCGGGUUUGGGAGGAAUAUUCGGGGCUAAAACAAUUACCGGGCCCUUCAACACCGAGCACUUGAUCAUUCCGGAUCUUCUGGCUUUUCCUACAGAUGAUGGACCGGUGGAGUUCGUUGUGAUCGGCAACGUGACCUUCACCAAUGAGCCGACUGUCGAGAUAAUUAAUAAUGUGCACUUGGAUAAAUUGUCUGAUGAGAUCUGGAUGAAGGACAAGCCGGCGACGUUCAAAGGGAGAUCGGUAUUCCUGGAGAAUGUGACCCUUGAGGGUGCUGUCGAGGUGUUAGGGCAGAUGAACACCCCAGGGCUCGGCCCCUGGUCGGAAUUACGGGAGAAGAUCUUCUCGAAAUCGUUGGAUCAAGAGAUCCCUCAGAAGAUAUCAAUUAAGUCUCUGCAUGCCGGGAGAAUAAUCGGAUCUCCCACAUCUAGACUGAUAUCAUCUCCAUCAACCGGUCUUUACGACCUCGAGUUCAAUUCACUCAGGAAAAAUGGCGAUCAAACGAUCUCGUCACCUUGGAGUUUCGAGAGUAUAAAUAUCCAGGGCAAUGUGACAAUAAACGGUGUGAUAAACGAUCUUGAUUUGAACAAGGAUGUUCUCAGGACAGACGUGGAGAACAAUGUGAUAACUGGUAAAAUAAUCGUCAACACCUUGACAGCGACGAAUAUCGAUGGCCUGAAAUUCGACGAAUUCGCGAGGAAUACGUUGAAACGUAAUGAUCCCCAGGAGCUCGUGGUAAUCAAAGGGAAAAAGACGUUCAACAGCAUGAGAGUUAAGUCUUUGAGUCUGACGUCGAUCAAGGGAAAACGCAUCGAGUCUUGUCUCCUGAGGCACUCCAAUCAGACGAUCACGGGAAAAAAGAUGGUGACAGGAAGGCUGAGGGCACCAGGAAUCGUAACCGAGGGUCUCAUCAACGAUGUGGACCUGACGAAGCUCUUGGUCUAUCAGCUGAAGAAGAAUUCAUCCUUCCAGGUGAUCGAGACGCCGAUUGUUUUUCAGAAUGGGUUGAGAAUCCUGGGGAAUCUCACGAUUGAUGGGCCUUACCAGGGGGUCCAGGUGGAGAGCCUCGGGGAGAGCAGACCCUCGGCUCUUCGUGUCAUGAAAUUACUGAAGCAACUGGCGAAUUAUUCGCGUUACGCUGAGGACAUUGAUCUUGUCUUCAGCAGUCGUGCAUUCUAUUUCGACAAGUUGGAGUUGAUUGAGGAGAGCUCAACGCCUUCUGUUGGGACUCCGGGUAAUGCUCCGGGUAAUCAGUCAAUCAGGUUUGAUGUGUUGGGGGAUUGUUCUCUCGAUGAUUAUCGACUUCGCUGCAAUAGUACGGGCGUCGUGGAUUUAUCGGGGGUUCUUAACUCCAGUCAUGUCCUGGAGUUGAAAGCUGGUGCUCUUGGAGGCAGUUCUCGCAUCGUCUGCGUCACCUCCGCUGCACCUGGGGGAGUUUCCAUUUAUUCUAUUGAUGAAGAUACACUCGCCAUUUCAAAGGAAGCGGAAUUACUCGUGCCAGGUGUUCUCCAGGCGUCAGUUGCUACCUACAUGGGAUCAAUCUGGAUUGUUCUUGGACUCCAGGAUAAUAUGAUGAUCUUGAGGUAUCGCGACGGCUUUCAGGAGUUCGUCAUUCCCCCCAGUGAAUAUUUCGCUCUGAGCCCGGGACUCGGGGAUGAGCUUUUGCUGUUCAGAAAUGAUGGGGUCUGGAGAAUUGGCGGCGUAGCAGGAACAAAAAUGAUUUUCAAGGCCAAUCUCAAGGGGAAUAUCACAGUUGCUCGUCGUGCUGCAGUCCUGUACGUGCAGCUUUGUCAGGGAAAUGAUACGUCUUUGCUGCAGGCUCAUUAUGUGGGAAAUUAAUCCAGUAAUUUAUUCGUUUUCGAUGUAAUUUCUCUAUUUGUGGAAGGAGAUCAUCUUUUUUAGGUGAAAACAGAUGAUGAUUCUAGGGUUUGUUAAUUUUUUAUGGGGAAAAUGGUAUUUGUUUGUG